GAUGAGUGUGGGAAGGAUUUUACCCAGGCUGAACACCUAAAAAGACACCAACUCAUCCACAGUGGAAUUAAACCUUACAGCUGUGACUUGUGUGGAAAAUCUUUUACUCGGGCUGAACACCUGAAGAGACACCAACUCAUCCACAGUGGAGUUAAACUGUACAACUGUGGGUUGUGUGGAAAGUCUUUUACCUCGGCUGGACACUUAAAAAGACAUCAGCUCAUGCACAGUGCAAUUAAACCUUACAGCUGUGACUUCUGUGGAAAGUCUUUCACUCGGCCGCGAAGCUUAAAAAACCACCAACUCAUCCACAUUGGAGUUAAACUGUACACCUGUGAUCAGUGUGGGAAGGAUUUUACCCAGCCUGGACACUUAAAAACACACAAACUUACCCACAGUGGGGUUAAACCAUACAGCUGUGAUCAGUGUGACAAGUCUUUUACCCGUCCCGCACAAUUAAAGAGACACCAAUUUAUCCAUAAUGGAGUUAAACCAUACAGAUGUGAUCAGUGUGAAAAGUCUUUUACUGAGCCUGGACAAUUAAAGAGACACCAACUCAUCCAUAGUGGAGUUAAACCAUACAGCUGUGAUCAGUGUGGAAAGUCCUUUAAUCAGUCUGGACACUUAAAAACACACCAACUCAUCCACAGUGGAGUUAAAGCGUACAGCUGUCAAUUGUGUGGAAAGUGUUUUAGCGAGCCUGGAAGCUUAAAAAGACACCAUCUUUCCCACACUCAAGUUAAACCGUACCGUUGUGACUUGUGUGGAAAGUCUUUUAUUCAGCGUGGACAAUUAAAAACCCAUCAGUUCAUCCACAUUGGAGUUAAAUCGUACAAUUGUGACUUGUGUGGAAAGUCUUUUUUUGAGCCUAGACACUUAAAAAGGCACCAGGUCAUCCACAGUGGAGUUAAAGCAUACAGCUGUUAUCAGUGUGACAAGGCUUUUUCUUAUCGUAGCAAGUUAAAGAAGCAUCAAAUUAUCCACUCUGGGAUUAAGGCAUAUAGCUGUGACAUUUGUGGUAAAACCUUUAGUUUUAAAAGUUACCUAAAUAGACACCUGCGCAUUCACACUGGACAUGAUGUUUACUGCUGUGAUCAGUGUGGCAAAACUUUUAAAACAGCCACACACUUAAAAUACCACAUGUUUAGCCACACUGAGGAGAGACUUUAUAAAUGUGACCUGUGUGAUAAAACCUUUAAAGCUCCACGUUACUUGAGAGUCCACCAACAGAUUCACACCAGAGAGAAACGCUACAAGUGCAGUUACUGUGAGCAGAGCGACACAGAUGGAUCCAGUUCUCAACCUUGUCGUCACUGUGGUGGUGGGAAAAUGUUUCGCUGUGAACUUUGUGGAAAAACUUUCAAUCAUCAAGAGUGCCUAACAAGACAUCAACGUAGACACACUGGAGACAAAAUGAACUACUGCAAAGAAUGUGGGAAAGGCUUCCCCACACCAAGUACAUUAAAAAAACAUGAACUCAUUCACAGUGGGGUUAAAGACCACCUCUGUGACCAAUGUGGGUCAUCCUUUACUAGUGCAGGUCAGCUUAAAGGGCAUAUACGAAUCCACACAGGAGAGAAACCAUACAAGUGCAGACACUGUGACAAAAGCUUCUCACAUUCAAAUAGUCGUAACCUUCAUGAACGUACACACAUUAGAGGGAACUUCAGCUGUGACCAGUGUGACAAGAACUUCAGGAAUGUCAGUUUAUACUCUGAACACAAACGAUCCCACGCUGUAAAUAAAUCGUUUCACUGUUACCAAUGUGCAAAAACAUUCACUUCAUUAUCUGCUCUUUGCAAACAUCAGUGUGAGCAUGCAGAACUGAAAUCCCCAGAUCACAAUGAAUCUGCAGAGACAGAAAGAUCCUCUCCUGGUUUCAGGGUCAGACUUAAAAAACUUGAGAUCAGGCUCCACAGAGUUCAGGUGGAGUCACCUGUAAAGAGUGUCAGCUGAUGUCACCCUUGGAUCUGAUGAGCUAGCUCUGAUUUCUGGGCCUACAGUGAAUAAUCCCAAAUGUUAAAUUUAACUGCUGCAAGUAUAGAUAUGUAGAUCAAGAUUUUUUCUGAAAUGAAUUUCGAUGCUCUAAAAAUGUUUAAAUUUUUUAGUUUUUUUAAAAAAAAAUAUUUUCCUCUUUAGGACACAGUAGUGUUUAGUAGUAGUAGUUGUAUUAUUAAUAUAUAUUUAUUAACUGUCUUUUAUAUCCAACUGAUAUUACAAAACUUGUUUAAAAAGCAGAUGGAAAAGCAUCUUGAGAAAAUUGGGGUAAAGCAGCAAAGAACCGUUAGAAGUUAAAGUCUGCAGUUGAAUCUGUUGUUGUUCUUCAGUGAGACCAGCCAUAGCCCAGUCUUCUGGAGUUUUCUUAAAUGAUGUUUAUUCUUUAGUUCUUUGGUUUAAUCUAAUGGACCAUAAUCGAUGUCUCUAUUUGUAAGGAGGAUGUAAAUCUGAUAAUUUCAAAUCCUCUUUCGUAGGCUGUGAGACAGAAGUGAACACACAGACCAACUUUGGCUUUUUAAGUAAAAGUUUUCAGAGCUGGUUACAGGUACACCGCAUCACCAAGAGUGCACUCAGCAGUGUUAUGAGUAUAUUCAAGUGUGUAUUUAGGCCUGUUUUGUGUCUAUGUGAGUUUAGUGAUCUCUUUUAUUUAUGGGGCGAUGGUGGCUCAAAGAGUUGGCAGUUCGUUUGUAACCGGAAGGUUGUCGGUUCGAGCCCCGGCUCGG